UUAAGUUGGAAGACUAGUAAAAUCUACACACACUAAUCUCAAUCUCAGACCCAUUCUCUUGAGAUUCCAACUUCCUUUAUUUAAAAAAAUAGUAAAAGAUGGAAUUGAAAGUUUAAUGGAUGGCCAAACUCAGAGAAUGUUGGAUUCCUUCACAGGCCAAGCAAUUUUCCCACUUUGAUAUUUCACUAUCUUUUUGAUGCCAUUGUUGCUUUUUUCUUAUCUUUUUAACUUAUUUUGUUUAACAAAAACAAAAACUUACAUUCAAACACACUCAUCCAUCUCAAUGUGUAUAAGAAGAAUUCUGAUUGACCCACCAUACUGAUUUAAAUCUGUUACUAUAGAAAAAAAAACAUGUAUAUUAAUAAUGAAUUCAAAAACACAAACAUUCUUCUUCCUCCUCUCUUUCUCUCUAAUAAAUACUGUCUUCCUCCUCUAAUCUUCUACACAUACCCUUUUGUAGACAACAGUUAUGAUUGAAACACCCAGGUCUUUGUAAUCCUUCUUUCUUUUGCAUUUCUCUAGAUUUGUUUCCCUUCCCCCACAUUUUAUUAUACUAUAAAAAAUCUUACUCUUUUGUGUUGUUUUGAAGAACCAGUGGCAGGCAUGAUAUUCUCUCUAUAACCUGCUUUUCUUUUCUUUUCCAUUUCCUUUUUUUCUUUCUUGGGUCUGACAAUAAGAUAUGUGUGAGUGGAUUUGUGUCAUGGUAAGCAUGAAGAAGUUUUCUCUUGUGUGAUGUAAUAAAGCAGCUUAUGCCAAGCUCAUCUCAAAAGAAAAGAAAAAGAAGAAGAAACCCAUUCAUAGUUUCACCUUUUUUCUUUCAUAUUACCUUCUCAUUUGAAUUCAAUGGAAGUAAGGAGAAAACCAGUCAUACAUCUCUAUAUUUUGCUUUCAGUUUGGGUUUUUACUACUGCAACAAAUGCUUUGCUAACUCCUAAGGGUGUUAACUUUGAAGUUCAAGCUUUGAUGGGUAUUAAAAAUUCUCUAGAAGAUCCUCAUGGAUUACUUGAUAAUUGGGAUGGAGAUUCUGUUGAUCCAUGUAGUUGGGCCAUGAUUACUUGUUCUCCUGAAACUCUUCUAGUCACUGGAUUAGGACUUCCAAGUCAGAAUUUAUCUGGUUCUCUCUCUCCAAGCAUAGGGAACUUAACAAAUCUACAGAUUGUGCUACUGCAGAACAACAACAUAUCUGGUCCAAUUCCAUUUGAGAUUGGAAGGCUGUCAAAGCUUCAAACACUUGAUCUCUCCAAUAAUUUCUUCACUGCUUCACUUCCUACUUCUUUAAGCCAUUUGAAAAGUCUUCAAUACUUGAGGCUUAACAAUAACAGUCUUUCUGGAGCAUUUCCUCAGUCAUUAACCAACAUGACUCAACUUGCUUUUCUUGACUUGUCUUAUAAUAACUUGAGUGGCCCUAUACCAAAGUUUCCAGCUAGAACAUUCAACGUCGUAGGAAAUCCACUGAUCUGUGCGACUGGGUCGGAGCAAGAAUGCUUUGGGACAGCACCAAUGCCACUUAUCUACAAUUUGACCAGUUCACAAAGUGCUCAACCAACAGGAAAAUCUCGAAGUCACAAAAUGGCCCUUGCUCUUGGAUCGAGCUUGGCGUGCCUAUGUCUACUCAUUGUCGCAUUUGGUCUACUGCUUUGGUGGAGGCAAAGAUACAACAAACAGAUAUUCUUCGAUGUGAAUGAUCAACACCAUGAAGAGGUUUGCUUGGGAAACUUGAAGAGAUUUCACUUCAGGGAACUUCAAAUAGCGACUGACAACUUCAAUAACAAAAACAUGAUAGGAAAGGGAGGUUUUGGACAUGUUUAUAAAGGGUAUCUCCAAGAUGGGACUCUUGUAGCUGUAAAGAGGCUUAAAGAUGGUAAUGCUGCGGGAGGUGAGAUCCAAUUUCAGACUGAAGUUGAAAUGAUCAGCUUAGCGGUGCACCGAAACCUUCUAAGGCUGUGGGGGUUCUGCAUGACAUCCUCUGAGAGACUUCUAGUUUACCCUUAUAUGUCUAAUGGGAGUGUUGCGUCCCGCCUAAAAGGAAAGCCAGCUUUGGAUUGGGCUACUAGAAAGAGAAUUGCUUUGGGAGCCGGUAGGGGUCUACUAUACCUUCAUGAGCAAUGUGAUCCUAAAAUCAUUCACAGAGAUGUGAAAGCUGCUAAUAUAUUACUUGACGAUUACUGUGAGGCUGUGGUAGGGGACUUCGGGUUAGCCAAGCUUUUGGAUCAUCAGGAUUCACAUGUGACUACUGCUGUAAGGGGGACUGUGGGGCACAUAGCUCCUGAAUAUCUCUCAACAGGACAGUCUUCGGAGAAAACUGAUGUCUUUGGUUUUGGGAUCCUUCUUCUAGAAUUGAUCACAGGCCAAAGAGCUCUAGAAUUCGGCAAGGCCGCAAAUCAGAAAGGAGCCAUGCUUGACUGGGUAAAGAAAAUUCACCUAGAAAAGAAGCUAGAUAUGCUUGUGGAUAAGGAUCUUAAGAGCGACUAUGAUCGGAUUGAGCUUGAAGAAAUUGUCCAAGUAGCUCUAUUAUGUACUCAAUACCUUCCGGGUCAAAGACCCAAGAUGUCCGAAGUGGUUCGAAUGCUCGAAGGUGAUGGGCUUGCCGAGAAAUGGGAAGCUUCUCAAAGAGCUGAAUCAACUAAAUGCAGAUCAGCUCAUGAAUUUUCUUCGUCAGAGAGAUAUUCUGAUCUCACAGAUGACUCUUCACUUCUAGUCCAAGCGAUGGAACUCUCUGGCCCCAGGUAAUAUUACUUUUAAGAAAACGAAGGACUGAUUAAAUUGUUAUGAAGAAUCUUGACACUCAUUUCAGUCAGAAAACAAGACAUUCGAAAGGGAUAAACAAAAAAGAAAAAGAAAAACGGAUUGCGACAUCCACUGAUAGCAAUAAGAGAGGAAGUAUAUCCAUUGAAAAUCGGUUCGAUGAAUUCGACAAUUUAGCAGGAAGUGUUUGUUGUAUAGUAAUGGCAUAUAAUUAGAGGAUCAAAAGUAAAGGUCCUUUGUUAUAGUAAAUCAUAAAUGUACAGUGUCUGGUAAGAGGAGACCAAUAUUAAUUAGAUGGAGUGUAAGGUAAUGUAAUGUGAAGUUUUUGAUAGUCAAGUGAAGAAGCAUUAUGUUUCACGCGUCUUUGAUUUUGUAUGAACUUAAGAAUGCGAUUGAAACAGCAUCUGAAAUGUUGAAUUCAACAAAGAAGUAGCCACAA